AUGUGCUUUGUCCUGCGCAAACCAAGGGAGGGAGGGCUUAAAGUCUCGAACUGGUUGGUUAGUACUAUCUUAAGGUAUACCGUCGCAACAGGCCUGUUAUCGUGUAUCGUUCAGGCUAUCUAUCUAAUUGCCGUUGUCGCAAGUCGGGUGAGUGCCCACGGGAAAGCAGUCUAUAUUGGCAUAUACUUCAUAAUUGCAAAGACGUACAUUAAUUGCAUGCUAGCAUCUCUCAAUAGCCGGGCAUCAUUGCGAGCACGACUUGGUCGGGAAUUUAUUCGAUCGAUCAACAUCAUUUGA